GCCAACAUGAACCCGAGGGAGGGCAGUCUGGAAGAUCCCCAGGUUGAUUCCUCAGUCUCACCCCUUCCCCACUUGGAGGCCAAGAUCUGUCAGACACACAGCCAUGCCCACCUCCUCAGCAAAUAUGCUGAGCAGCUGCUCCAGGAAUAUGUGCAGCACCAAGGAGACCCCUUCGGGAUGCCCGGCUUCUCGCCCCCGCGGCUGCCGGCAGUGGCCGGCCUGAGCUCCCCGGUGACUGGCCACGCGGGCCUGCCGGUGCCGGAGCGGCUGCGGCUGGACGCGGCGGCCCUGCAAGCGCUUUCGCCGCUGCUGGACACGGUGCGCCGCCACCAGGUCGAGCUGAACCCGCGCGCCGUGCGCCUGCUGCGGCGCCUGGAGGACGCUGCGCGCCAGGCCCGGGCACUGGGGGCCGCACUGGAGGUGGUGUUGGUGGCGCUGGGGGCUGAGCCCCGAGAGGCGCCCGAGUCCCCCGCCGCCGACCCCACCGAUUCCGCCCCCGCGAGCGUCUUCUCGGCCAAGGUCCUGGGGCUCCAAGUGUGCCGCCUCUUCCGCGAGUGGGUGAGCCGCACCGAGGCUGACCUUCGCCCUCUGGUGCCCGGGGGUCCCGCUUGAUGCACUGCGCUGUCACCUCCUCCCCAGCUGUCCCUACGCGUUGUCCCUCGUCUUGCUGCGUCUCCCUGGUCUGUCAUCUCCGUCAUCCGCAGCCAUCUCUCCUCUCCCAGGACCCGCUCCUGAGUCUACCCUGUCCGCACUUGAAUACGUGGACUCCUCAAUCUCAGCUCAUGGAGGGGACACUCGUUUCCCUCUUUCCUUUCGCUGCUCAUUUCCAGCUAAAGCAGUAGGAAGGCAAAUUCAGACAAAAUGUCAUCACUUUUCCCCCGUUUCUACUGUGUCCCCGUUUUCCUCUGACGCGCGCCUGCUCUCCCACUGUCCUCUGCCUCUGCCUCUGCCAUGUCCCUCUUAUCCUUCCUCCCAAGCUAGGUUUGCGGAGAAGAAAAAGAAUGACAACUCAAGGGUUUUAUUUCGGAAAAUAAAUUAACUUUUGUAAAUAAAACCUUUGGAAAUAAAAAUACUAA